GUCGAACACCCCAUACGCCUCGUUGCGUAUAAACAAAUAUUUUUACAGAAACAACUUGCGGACUUAACAAACCAAAACUUUUUGUUGAAAUCACAUGUUGGAUCUCUAUCCUCACUAUAUUCAUCUUCGAUAAACUCUUUUGUAGUGUUUUUCUUUUCACAUGGUCGGAAGACUCGGAACAAUGGAAGAUUUCAACGAAGAAGAAGAGUUCAGUGUAUCCGUAGAUCCAAGAAGAUCAAGAAUGGCGAAGAAAAGAGAACCCGAAUCUCAAGUUGUCUCUAUUCUGAAUCAUUUGUUUGUAAAGUACCCAUGUCUUCACCAUAAAAGCGUAGUCGAUACUGGUCGGGAAUGUACGGAUUCAGAUACGUCAUGUAGCUUAAAUUUUGCAAAAGUUGGAAACUUUACUUCAAGAUCUCCUCCUUCGAUCAAAUCUGGUGGAUUAGAUAUAGGUCAUCUUCUCAAAUCAGCAUUAGCAGGAGGAAUCUCUUGCGCUUUCUCUGCCUUUCUAAUGCAUCCCGUCGACACAGUCAAGACACAAGUUCAAGCAUCAACAACACUGUCGUUUAUUGAAAUAAUGUCAAAGAUUCCAGAGAUUGGUGCUCGUGGUUUAUACAAGGGAUCUAUCCCCGCCGUUGUUGGUCAAUUCGCAAGCCAUGGUUUACGAACAAGUAUAUACGAAGCAAGUAGACUCGCUUUACCCCUCGUUGCUCCUGGUCUCCUCGACAUCCAAGUUCAGCCAAUCGCGUCGUUUCUCGGCACGGUUCUGGGGACAACGCUGAGGAUACCGUGCGAGGUGCUGAAACAACGGUUACAAGCCAAUCAGUUCGACAACAUCGUGGAAGCUACGCUUUCCACGUGGCGUCAAGAUGGCCUCAAAGGCCUCUUUCGCGGCACCGGCGUUACUCUUCUCCGCGAGGUUCCCUUUUACGUCGCUGGCAUGGGACUUUACAGCCAAUCGAAGAAGCUGGUGGAGAGACGGCUAGGGAGAGUGCUUGAGCCGUGGGAGGCUAUCGCGGUUGGAGCCUUGUCGGGCGGUUUCACGGCUGUUAUGACGACGCCGUUUGAUGUGAUUAAAACUAGGAUGAUGACGGCUCCGCAAGGCGUGGAUUUGUCUAUGUGGAUGGCUGCGUAUUCCAUUGUGACGCAUGAGGGGUUUCUUGCUUUCUACAAAGGAGCUGUUCCGAGGUUCUUCUGGACUGCUCCUCUUGGUGCUUUGAACUUAGCUGGCUACGAGCUUCUUCAAAAGGCUUUCGUCACAGUACGUCUUGAUCGGCCAGUGCAUAGCGAUUGACAUUCGUUUUUUAGUAUUAGCACUACAACGCAUUUUUGAUUAUAGAAAAAUAUGGGGAGUACUAUCACUAACCAAGAGGAAAAAUGUCUGAUGCCAAUCAGCGAGAAGAUCCAUAUCGACAUAUUCUCAUAUUAUCGAGCUCGUUUGAAACAUUUGUGAUUUAUGGCUCACUAAUAGUUUGAUCCUUUUAUUGAUAUG